UUUUUUUUCUCGCUUUUAUAAAAAAAAGUUGUGUGUGGGCAGCUUUCCUUUUAUUUCAUUUUUUUUCUCGUUUACUCAUCUCACACAGAGUCUCACUUCGGUUUAAAUAAUGACCGAAGGAAAAGCUACAGCGGCUCGUAAGCCCAGAGUGUCUUCACUGGCGGCAGCGGGCGUAUCUGCUACACCUACGACUCCAGCAAGUCCUCCAGUGACGAGAGCUACCAAGACGCCUGUAACUAGGGCUGGCACCACCACCACCACCCGUACAGGGGUUGCUGGAGCUACUACAGCAGCGACCCGUGCCACCAAGACGCCUGCACCCACCGGCCCCACGUCUUCGACCGCAAGACGGACGACAACAACAACAGCUGGUACAACGAGUACCACGCGAGCAACUGCUGGAACGACAAGCCUAAGUCGAACUGCAUCCUCUGCAACAAAACCACCGUCACCAGCAGCAGCAGCAAGUAGAACAUCAUCGACGGUGUCCAGAACAGCAUCGACCUUGAGCCGUCGAUCCACGACAACGUCUUCUACCACAUCACCUACUGCUUCGGCCACACGACGACCCUCGAUUGCCUCAUCAGCUACGGGUACUGCUCCCACUACUGCCGCACGACGCGGUUCCACAGCAACAAGCAGCACCACUUCGACAACGGCACGUAGACCUGUUUCAUCAGCCACAGCUACGCGUACGACAUCUACCACCGCGAAUGGCAUCAAGCCUUCAGAAGCAGUGGCUGAAUUGAAAGCCUUGAGGGCCAAGCACGAAGAGCUAAAGGCGGAACUGGAGGAGAAGCAACAGUUGCUUGAUUCUAAAGAAGCCGAUCUAACUGGCCUCAAGGAGAAACUCAGCGCGCUAGAAAUUGAGCUUCAGGAACAACAACGAAAGCAUGAAAAAUCAUCAUCAGACGAAGCAGCAGCUGAGCAAGAACAGAAUCAACAAGGAACGAUCAAGGAGUCUGGCGAUGCAGGAAAACCAGCUGAUGAUGAUAAUGAUGGUGAUGCCACUACUACUACUACUACUACUACUGCUGUUGUUGCUGAGGAUUCAACCACAUCAACGCAAGAACAAGAGAUUGAAGCGCUACGAAAGGAGUUGGCUGAGGUCCAGGAACAGCUGAAGAAGGCCGGUGAAGAAGCACAGGCAACUGUUGCAAAGGUGCAAGGCGAGCAUGAAGAGGAACGUACUGUACUAACACGUGAGCGGGAGGCGAUCGAAGAAAAGCUUCGUGAGCAUAUGGAGAAGCUCCGUGAAAAGUUGGAAAGUGAAAAGGAUGGAUUGCAUGGGCGGAUCCUAGAGAAGGAAAAAGAAAUUUCCAAACUGAAGAAGGAUAUGGAUGAAAUGCGCGACAAUAUCCAGGAAAUGCAUAAAUCGCAUCAAAGCCGCUUGACCAGUUUGACCCAUCAGAUCAACCAGCAACAUGCCGAGCGGAUCGAAGCAAUGAAACAAAAGUACGAAAGUGAAUUGGAAACAUUGCGGGCUGCAGGUUCGAAUGACAAGGCUGCUGAUGAAGCGCUGAGCAAGAAACUGAGUGACAUGGAGGCCAAGGCGGCUGAAUUGACAGCUUCAUUUGACACGCAACGGCAAGAAUUGACUGACUCGUACGAAAACAAGUUGGAAGAGCUGCGUACACAAAACGAAUCGAUGGAUGCACAGCAUCAACAGAAACUCGAUGAAAUCACGUCAUCGCUGCGGGCAGAGAUCGCCACUCUGCAAAAAUCACACAAUGCAAGGGUGCAGGCCAUCACCGAAACUCAUGAGACUCAGCUGGAUGAGGUCCGCAAGGCUACGAGCGUCAGCGCUGUUGAUGCUGCUCGAGGUGAUAUUGAGGCUGAAUGCCGUCGCCAGUUUGAACAGGAUUUGUUGUCCUCUAAGCAAGAGUUUGAGUCUGUCCUGGAUAAACUGGAGCAAGAAAAAAAGACGGCACAAGACGAGUGCACUGCUCUCAAGGAAUCUGCAACCCAUGAAAAAGAAGCUUUGAUCAAGGAAUACGAAGCACGCAUUGCAGCCACGAAGCAGAGUGACGAGGCCAAUGUCGCAAAGGAUCAUGCGGACAAGAUAGCCGAGCUCGAAAACAAACAUGGCGACACACUUGCUGAGCUAGAGCAAAAGCAUGCAGCUGCCAUCAAGGAGCUCAGAUCGCUUUCACAGCGAGAAAAGGAUGAACAUACGGACAAGCUAUUGAAGGAACAUAAAGAGGCAUUAAAAGAACUAGCAACGAAGCACGAAGAGGCAGUAAAGGAGGCAAGAGCCGCUGGCAGCAAUCUCGUCCAGUCUGAAUCGCAGCUACGAUCCGAGCUCGAAUUCAAGAUUGAACAAUUAAGCUCAAGUCAUCAGCAGGCCAUGGAACAUGUCCAGGAACAUCAUCGUGCGCGUGUAGAAAAGCUCGAGACGGAACUCAAGGAUGCAGUUGACAAGCAACAUGAGCUGAAUGAAAAGCAUCGACACGAGAUUGAAAGCCUUACCUCUGAACGUGAUGGCCAUUUGGAAACAAUCAAGCGUGAAGUUGAGGUGGCUCUCAAGGAAAUACAUGCAGCAGAGCUCACGCGGAUCCAAGAAACAAACACUUCUCAACUGAACGAACUCAAGUUGCAGUAUACCCGUCAACGUGAUCAAGAGCGUGAGGCUGCUCAAAAGGAACAUGUCGAAGCAUUGGAGAAAGUCAAGUCAGAGCACGGUGAAGCAUUAGAGGCACUCAAGAAAGAGCACAACGAAGCGUUGGAGAAGCUCAGGGCAGAACAUACCACAGUCAUUGAGACCUCCCGAAACGAACACGACGAAGCAGUGAAGCAACUCAAGGCCGAACACGCCACAGCUCUCAAGGACGCUCAAGGAGAAGCACAGUUAUUUUUACAUGAAAAAAAAACCCCCAAAUGCGGGUCGCGUUCACUUUUUAUUUUCCUAAUCCGUGCAUUUGUGUUCUAGACCCUCCGCGAAAGCCAGGAUGUCGUUGCUACUCUAAAGAUCCAGCACGCGCAAGAACUGGAAGAGAUCAAAGAGGCCCACACACAGGAACUGAAGGCGCUUUCGGACGCUCAGCUUGAGCAUGAAAAGGUGCAGAGUGAUGAGAUUGCACAGCUGAAGGAGGCUCACGCAGCAGUUGUUGCGGAUCUGGAAGUCAAGUCAAAGGAAAC